UUCUUUAACGAUCCGCCGUAAAAUAAAAACGAACAAGUGUUUCCAAGUGUUCUUCGCAAAUUGUUUUAUUCUUCUCUUUAAUUUUGUGUCGUAUGAAACGACUAUACAAGACGCUGUUUUUAGCGCGUGUACAUUCUCCCAAGUGGAAAUCUACGUUAUCCCACGAUGACAUGCGCUAUUAAAUCGACUUAUAAAUGGAACUGAUAAAACCAGAUAUUGUUCAAUCUCGAUCUCUGCGGUCGUACAUCUCGGUCUGAUCGUGCGUCCCACUUUUCUCGUGAACAGUGAACGAACGUGCCACGAGAUUCUGAUUGCAUAGGACUCCAUGACCAAAGCCAGAGAUACAGACCAACAAUAAAAGGAGGGGGAAAGCUUUUUGACAAGUAAUAAGAAGAAAUGGAAUUACCAAUAAGGUGACGAAUUGUUUAUAGAGUUAUUGUUAAUUUCUCGUAUCCAUGGAGAAUUACACGUCGGACUCCAGUGACUCGGACUCCAAUUCCAAGACAUUGGACUUGUCUUAUUUGAUGCUCGAUACCCAAAUGCUGAACGAUCAUUUCGUCUCUGCGAAAUGUCCGGAGCACGUGGACACUUUGUUGCUUCAUCAAAACCGUUUAAACAGCAUUCCACCGAGUAUCGUCAGAUUUACCAACUUGAACUCGUUGGACAUAUCGAACUGUAAUUUGCAUCGAUUGCCAGAAUUUCUUGGGGACUGUCCCCUGUCAUGUCUGAUAGUCAAGCACAACAAUUUGACGAACGACAGUCUACCCAAGAGUUUCGAGAACUUGAUAGGGCUGCGCGAACUGAAUCUCAGCGGGAAUAGACUGAUCGAUUUCCCUGAGCAGGUUCUCGAGCUCACGGAGCUAAAAUAUUUAUAUUUAGGAGGGAAUCAUAUCACCGAAAUCAGCAAGGACAUUUGGAAGCUGCAAAGACUUCACGUGCUAUCGAUGGGAGGCAACCGAUUAACAGAAGUACCAACGACGUUGGGCCAACUGAAAUCAUUGCAGGCGUUGGUACUUUGCGAUAACAUGUUGGAAAGUUUACCCAGCACCAUAGCAAAUCUAGCCAACUUGAAAUCGCUGUUGCUUCACAAGAACAGGCUGAGAACCCUACCAACUGAAAUUAUCACGUUAAAGUGUUUAACCGAGUUAUCGUUAAGGGACAACCCGCUUGUAGUCAGAUUCGUAUCAGACAUGACGCAUAAUCCUCCGUCGCUGUUAGAGCUCGCUGCCAGAGUAAUUAAGACCAUUGACAUUCGGUACGAUGAAAAGUGCAUACCGCGAAAUCUGGUGGAGUAUCUGAAUUGUGGACAUUGCUGCGUCAAUCCAAAGUGUAAAGGUGUAUUCUUCAACAACCGAGUGGAGCACGUAAAAUUCGUCGAUUUCUGUGGUAAAUACCGUCUGCCUUUGUUACAGUACCUCUGUAGUAGAAAAUGCAUCGAAUCGCGGGACGGGGACGAAGUAGUUAGCGGUGCAAUGAUAAGGAAGGUUCUCCUUGGCUGAUCACUGUUGGCCACUACUUUAUCGCGAAGAAUUUUAAUUACGCGUUUAGAAAAUGUUCAUCCACGGGGAAGCGAAAGAAUUACUCGAUUCUAUUGGUCUCGAAUUCGAAUCCAGGUUACUGCUUUAAUUGAUUAAGGUAUCCAGAUCGUCGAAAGAUUGUGGUUACUGCGUGUACAUCGACAAGUGUUUAAGUAAACGGCAAUUCUCGAUUAGACGAGUUAACUUGAGCAAAGGUGUUAAGGCGCGCCAAGGCCACAGGUAGUUUCAGCACCGACGAAACAGCGAAAUACUCGUUUUAAAGGACGUGGUUUCCAUUUACGAAGCUAGGAGGAUUAUUAACCAGGACCUCUGGCGUAAAUAGAGCGAUAAAAGCCUCGACGAUCUCGCGUUGCACGAGAUAACACGUGUCUAUAUUUACCAUUUAUACUUUCUCAAAUAAACGUCUUUUUAGAGUUCA